AUGCAGAUCUUCGUCAAGACCCUCACGGGCAAGACUAUCACCCUUGAGGUGGAGUCGAGCGACACCAUCGACAAUGUCAAGUCCAAGAUCCAGGACAAGGAGGGUAUCCCCCCGGACCAGCAGCGCUUGAUCUUUGCCGGCAAGCAGCUCGAGGACGGCAGGACCCUGUCCGACUACAACAUCCAGAAGGAGAGCACCCUCCACCUCGUGCUGCGUCUGCGUGGUGGUGGUAAGAAGAGGAAGAAGAAGGUCUACACCACCCCCAAGAAGAUCAAGCACAAGCGCAAGAAGACCAAGUUGGCUGUGCUCAAGUACUACAAGGUCGACGGUGAUGGCAAGAUCGAGCGCCUCCGCCGCGAGUGCCCCAACGAGACUUGCGGUGCCGGUAUCUUCAUGGCUGCCAUGCAGGACCGCCAGUACUGCGGCCGUUGCCACCUGACCUACGUCUUCGACAAGAAGGACUAAGCUGCUUUUGAUUGCAAAGGAUGACGAACUUGUUUACGGGAGAAAAAAAUGGGAUGGGCACGGAUACCUUCGGGGCAGGCACCAGACAUUGCCGCCCUUUCGUUACUGGCGUUUGUAGCAUAGGCCUCUUUUUCUUCAUUGGGGCUCUGACUGGCAAUCAAUACGGAUUGGGAUCUUGAUGAGAUAUGAACACUGUUUUCCAUGGAUGCCUGUGAUUCGGAAGUUUUGUGCGAAUGAUGUGCCCUGCAUGUGCGCGGGCCCUCGACGACCCCAGUAUAUACCCUGAGAUUGUGUCCAAGUCGUCUUUUAUCGCUGCGAGAUUGAUUGGUAUAAAACAGACUAUCUAGCUUAGCCUACUGAUUCGGAAACCCGCUCCUCAGGUUGUCAUAUUUAGUCUGAGGAUAAGCGAGACAAUUCUCCUGAUGCUUCAAACCAUUCGGUCCACCAAAAACAUCGACAACGUUGCCAAUCAAGCUCUCAUCUCCCUGUUUGUCAGCGCUGCUCUCCCACCACAUGGCACCGCCCAGACCCCUCUCCUUGAUGAACUCGGCCUUCCUCCUGGCCAGCGGUACCGUGUCGUAGGUAACCAUGUGCCUAGUGGCUGGAUCAUACGAGUAUGUCGCACCUGCCUCCUCAUCGAACCGCUCCUCUGCCCCGGGGAGCGGCAGCGCCUUGUAGUCGUAGACGCCCUGCUCCCAGGACCCCUGGCCGACUCCCUGGAACGGCGCUCCAGGUCCGUCCGUGUUCUCAAACGCCCGGCCGUAGAUGGGCAUGCCCAUGACGAUCUUGUCGAGCGCCACACCCUGGCUGGCGUAGUGUGCAAUGGCAGCGUCGGUAUUGAAUGGCGUCGAUGCCGGGUUUCCGUGGCUGGGGAAAAGGUUCGCCUGAUGACCGGCGGUCUGGUCCCAGGAUCCGGCGUAGUCGUAAGCCAUCAGGUUCCAGAAAUCCAGUAGGGGAUCCAUGCCGGCGAUAUCCAUCUUUUCGUAGUUUGACGCGCCGGCUGGGCACGCAACCGUCAACUCGAAAUGGUAGGGGUUUUCGGCGUCGACCGAGUGCGCGUAGGCGUCGAGCUCCUGGCGGCAAGCUUGCAGCAGGGCCACUAGGUCGGCGGCCUCCUGCGGGUUCUGGGGGUACUCCCAGUCGAUAUCGAUGCCGUCAAAGCCGAGCUGUCUGACGAGCUCGACGGCGGUCCUGGCAAAGUGUGACCUACCCUCCGGCGUCGAGGCGGGCGCCCUGAAGUUGGAGGAAUAGGUCCAGCCACCAAUGGAGAGGAGGACCUUGAGGUUGCGGUUGGCCUUCUUGAGGAGGUUCAGCUGCUUCAGGCAGCCGUAGAGGUUGGUUCCCUCGUCGUUCCACGAGUCACCCUCCCAGUGGAUAUCGGUGUCAGCCCACGUGUCGGUCAAAAAGACCUCUCCGGAAUCGGGCUUGACGUUGGCAAAAGCAUACAGCACGUGGGUGAGCUUGUCGGCUGGUAGUUCCUGCGGCCUGUGUUUGCGGCCGUAGAUGGCCCAGUUGACAAAAUAGGCCACGGUGCGUGGGCUCAUAUUGCCGGUGUUUGGGUCUGGUGUGGAGGGAGGUGGAGGGGAUUGUGAUGGAAUGUCAAGACUACCGUCUUUGUACGGUGGACCCAAAGAAAUCAGGUUAGUCGUGAUGCCGAGGAAGAGGGUGACUAUCAGGACGAAGGAUACGACCGUGAAAGGGAUGCUGCGGAAUCUUGAAGCAGGCAUCAAGUCUAGUGUUGUGCGGGGUGAUGUGAUUUAUGUAGGUACUGUAUGCAAAAGAGAGGUAUUGACCCGCACCAGACAGGCCGUUUGGCUUGGCUUCUGACAAGAGGUGAAUGAAAAGAGGGCUCAGCAAAGAGGCAGUGACAGUUCCAGACUGUCAGGGCUGUGGAGAUGAGAGUGGCAACCCAAGAAGUGACAACUGUAGGUAGUUCAGCAAUAGCACUGGAGCAAGUAUAGCUCUUGGUUACGUUGCCUUGACAGUUUUGUUUGUUUGAUCAAUUAAAGCUCCUGGGCAGCUCUUCCCAAAACAAAAUGAAUAAAAAGUCAACAACAAUGGCUGGGCAAACAAGUAACAAGUCAUUAAGUGUCACUUGGUAGCGGGACACUAUAUCGCAGCUUGCGCAGGUGUAAUUUUGACACCUGAGUGUGGCUUGGGGUGUUGAAGAGCUGCAAGUUUGUG